AUGGCCCUCACCUGCACCUUCAACCGCUGGGGCACGCUGCUCGCCGUGGGCUGCAACGACGGGCGUAUCGUCAUCUGGGAUUUCCUCACCAGGGGCAUCGCCAAAAUCAUAAGCGCCCACAUUCACCCCGUCUGCUCGUUAUGCUGGAGUCGAGAUGGUCACAAACUGGUGAGUGCUUCGACCGAUAACAUUGUGUCGCAGUGGGAUGUGCUCUCUGGAGACUGCGACCAGAGAUUUCGAUUUCCUUCGCCUAUCUUGAAAGUUCAGUACCACCCUCGAGACCAAAACAGAGUUUUGGUUUGUCCCAUGAAGUCGGCGCCGGUGAUGCUAACGCUGUCGGACUCCAAGCACGUUGUCCUACCUGUGGAUGAUGAUUCUGAUCUCAACGUUGUGGCCUCCUUUGACAGGCGAGGGGAAUACAUUUAUACAGGCAAUGCCAAGGGGAAGAUUUUGGUCUUGAAAACAGACACUCAGGAUCUUGUUGCUUCCUUCAGAGUGACAACUGGAACUAGCAACACAACAGCUAUUAAAUCGAUUGAAUUUGCUCGGAAAGGAAGCUGCUUUUUAAUAAACACAGCUGACCGGAUAAUCAGGGUGUACGAUGGGCGUGAAAUUCUAACUUGUGGACGAGACGGGGAGCCUGAACCAAUGCAGAAGCUGCAGGAUUUAGUGAACAGGACGCCGUGGAAGAAGUGCUGUUUCUCUGGUGACGGUGAAUAUAUAGUGGCAGGUUCAGCACGACAACAUGCCCUGUACAUUUGGGAGAAGAGUAUUGGAAACCUAGUGAAAAUCCUCCAUGGGACCAGAGGAGAGCUGCUCUUGGAUGUAGCAUGGCAUCCUGUCCGACCGAUCAUAGCUUCUAUUUCAAGUGGUGUUGUGUCAAUAUGGGCUCAGAAUCAAGUGGAAAACUGGAGUGCCUUUGCGCCUGACUUCAAAGAGCUGGAUGAAAAUGUAGAAUAUGAAGAGAGAGAGUCAGAGUUUGACAUUGAAGAUGAAGAUAAGAGUGAACCAGAACAGACAGGUGCUGAUGCUGCAGAAGAUGAAGAAGUGGAUGUAACUAGUGUAGAUCCCAUUGCUGCCUUCUGUAGCAGCGAUGAAGAACUGGAGGACUCCAAGGCUCUGCUUUACUUACCCAUUGCUCCUGAAGUUGAAGACCCAGAAGAAAACCCCUACGGGCCUCCACCAGAUGCGGUUCAGAGUUCUUUAACUGAUGAGGGAAUAGGCUCUGAGAAGAAGAGGCAGUCCUCCUCUGAUGGACCUCAGGCACCAAAGAAGAAGCCCAAAACCACCAACAUCGAACUACAAGGAGUACCUAACGAUGAAGUCCAUCCGCUGCUGGGUGUGAAGGGAGAUGGUAAAUCCAAGAAGAAGCAAGCAGGCAGGCCUAAAGGAUCAAAAGGUAAAGACAAAGAUUCUCCAUUUAAACCGAAACUCUACAAAGGGGACAGAGGUGCUUUACCUCUGGAAGGAGCAGCGAAGGGUAAAGUGCAGGCGGAGCUGGGACAGCCUUUGACAGGUGGUGCAAUCUCAGAAUUGUUAUGA